AUGCAUCUUCUCAAGGUUGGUCGUCGUUUAUGUACUCUUGCUCUUGAUGUUAGUGGUCUUACAACAGUUAUUGUUAUUGGUCGUGUAUCUUUUAUGAUUAUUGUUAAUGGACUUGUACUUAUUAUUAUCAGUGAUAUUUAUCAUGAUGGUGGUACAGUCUUGAUAAUUGAUACAAUAGAUAAAUCAAUUGUUGAUUUAUCAACAAAAAAAAGUUUUUUUCUUUUUGUUGCUUCACUCAUUGGCACUAUUUAUGAGCCAUUGCAUGGUAUUCUGUAUGAAUUAGCUCGCCGUGAUAAUACUACUAUUAAACUUGUUUAUGCACCUUCAAAAUUAAUUCCCAAACUAAUGGCUGCUUAUCAUAAUCACCCUCUAAGUGGUCAUUUUGGCACUGGACGUACAUGGCCUACGUUAAGAAACACAUAUUAUUGGCCACGUAUGAAAGACACCAUAACAUCUUAUAUUAAAUCCUGUGAUAAAUGUUCACAAUUUAAUGUGGAUUGA